AUUACAUUUGGCAAUAGUAGAAAUGAGUCGAUAAAUUUAUGUAGGAAGAUUGGGAUCUAAAAUAAGGCGGGAAGAUUUGUAGCAGGAGUUUGAGAAGUAUGGGAAGAUAAAGGAUAUUGAUCUACGAAGCACACAUGCCUUCAUUGAAUUUGAAGCUUCAGAUGAGGCUAAGUAGGCAAUAUCAUAAAUGGACGGGCGAAGGAUAGGUGGUGAUCGUGUCACUGUUAAACAAAGAGGUAGGAUGACAUUUGAUCGUGUGAUGAUAAGAUGAUCGACCUUCAGGUGUAAGAGGACCAACAGCCAGAGAUGUGUGUUUCAAUUGUGGACGCAAAGGCCAUUGGGCAAAUGAAUGCAAGGAAGGUUUGAGUUAUCAUCAUAAAUCAAGGCGAUUUGCGAGAAACAUGCUACAGAUGUUACAAGAAAGGCCACAUCAAAAAGGAAUGUCCUAUGUCAAGAACUCCGAGCGAUGCUAAAAGGUAAUGUAUGUUACAAAAGAAUUAAGAUAAAGAAGAGAUAGAAAAAGAAGAAGAUCAUCCUCUUCAUCCAAAUCUUCUUCUUCUUCAUCAAAAUCUAGAAGAAGAAGUAGGAAUUUCAAAAAAAACAGAUAAAAUAGAAGAUAAUCCAGGAAAUCAUCAAGUGAAAGUAGAAAAUCCAACUCAUCAUAAACAUCAAGAAGUUCCAGGUAAUUAAUAACCCCAAUAUCAUAGUAAAAAUUCAUGAUAAAAUGC